GCUGUGCGACAGACACCCCUUUCCUGCUUUGCACGCGGCGCGGGGCCGAGCCCCGGGGGCGCUGUGCUGCCGCCUCCUGGUGUCGGUUUACUGUGCGAACCGUGCCGCUCCGGUGCCCUCACUCCCCGACUUUUGUUCUGGGAGGCCCUGGCCGGGUGCCGAGAGGGGCGCUGUGUCGAUUGCGACCCUUCCCCCAAAAGCAGCGUCCGUGCUAAAGGAGUUGAUAGGAAGAACCACUAAAAGAUGGUGAGCUGCAAUUGGGAACCUAUAGGCAAAGUACUGAUUCGGAUGAAUGUGAUUUGGAGAAAUUCUGUUUCCUGUCUAAGGAUAAGAAAUGUGCCACAUAGAUACCAAAGUGGUAAUCACCCAGUGGUCCCUCUGGGAUCAAGGAUUUUAACUGACCCAGCCAAAGUUUUUGAACAUAACAUGUGGGAUCACAUGCAAUGGUCUGAAGAAGAAAAAGCAGCAGCCAGAAAAAAAGUAGAGGAAAACUCAGCUGUGCGAGUCCUUCUGGAAGAACAAGCCACCGAGUUCCCCUUCCUAGAGGCAGCUGGUAUUACUGAUUAUGUGAUUUUCCUUCCAGAAGUAUUCUGCACAUAUACAAUUAAGUAUGAGGAUGAAGCUAGUAAAUAUUGGGACACAUUUUAUAAGAUUCAUAAGAAUAAGUUUUUCAAGGAUCGUAACUGGCUGUUGAGGGAAUUUCCUGAAAUUAUUCCAGUUGAUCAGAAAACUGAACAGAAGUUGCGAGAAUUAUCCUGGGAUCAUGCAAAAACUAGUGCUGCAGAUGGUUUCUCAAGAAUGCACCGCCCUACCAUGCCUCAAGAAAAAAAUCAUGAGGAAAGGUGUGGUUCCUCAGAUAGUCAAAGCAAAGCAGCAUUGCAUUUUUCCAACCUAGACUCUAAAGAACACAGAAAAGGACCUCUGAAGACAGAAUUGUUUCCUGGUAGCAACGCCACUUUCAGAAUCCUAGAGGUUGGCUGUGGAGCUGGAAAUAGUGUUUUUCCAAUUUUGAACACUUUACAGAAUGCUCCAGAGUCCUUUCUUUACUGUUGUGAUUUUGCUUCUGGAGCUGUGGAGCUCGUAAAGUUGCACUCGUCCUACAGAGCAGCCCAGUGUUGUGCCUUUGUUCAUGACGUCUGUGAUGAGGGCUUACCCUACCCUUUUCCAGAUGGGAUCCUGGACGUCAUUCUCCUUGUCUUUGUGCUCUCUUCCAUUCAUCCUGACAGGAUGCAAGGUGUUGUAAACCGACUGUCCAACUUACUGAAACCCGGAGGAAUGCUAUUAUUUCGGGACUAUGGAAGAUAUGAUAAGACUCAGCUUCGUUUUAAAAAGGGGCAUUGCUUAUCUGAAAAUUUUUAUGUUCGAGGAGAUGGUACCAGAGCAUAUUUCUUUACAAAAGGGGAAGUCCACAAUAUGUUCUGCAAGGCUGGGUUAGACGAGAAGCAAAAUCUGGUUGAUCGUCGCUUACAAGUGAAUAGGAAAAAACAAGUAAAAAUGCAACGAGUGUGGGUUCAAGGCAAAUUCCAGAAACCAUUACACUUGACUCAAAAAACCUCCAAAUUGGUAUUUUCACUCCUUUCUCAUGGCUGAAGUAUGUACCAUGUUAAGGUACAAAUCAGAAGACUACACCGUACAAAGACUUCUAUAGAUCUUUCAUUUUUGAAAGGACCAUCAGAAGGAAAGAGAAUUUGUAUAUCCUGCUGUUUAUCAUGGGUAAGCGCUUUUGUUUAAGCACUCGUAAAUGAUUUGGAAGAGUGUACCAUAUUCUGUGUUUUCAAAACUUAAUAUGCACAAGCUUGUUUGGGUUUAUUAUGUCUAACCAUUUUAUUUGUUCUGUGAAUUUUAUAAGCAUUUGACUAAAUUACUGAUAUCAGUCAGAUGAUUCUGAGAAACCAUGCCCUGCCAUUUUUUAGAAGUGUAAAAAAAAUUUGUUUAUGCAUUAGUCUGACACAGUUAAACUCUCUUCCUCUCUUAUCUGAUUAGCAGAGAGGCAGCACUCCUUGUUUCCCUGGCAAGUCACAAGACCUAGGUGAAUUUUUUGUUUUGUUGUUGUCUGUUUUUGCCAAAACUUUUUUUUUUUUAAUUCAGAGACUAAUGUCUGAAAUAGAAUUUUAGUUUCUCUUUCCUUUCCUAAAAUUGGGGAAGUAUGACCCAUGCUAGCAUUAUUUUCAGGCUUUUCUUAGGUGUACAAGUUGUUGUAAGCUCUCUUUAGACAACUGUUAUACCCAAAAAAAUUCUUAAAUUGUAGCAAUUGAAAAUUUAUUUACCACCUUACCAAAAAAGGAUAUAAGUUGGCUUGCAAAUUGGGCUUUGUAAAAAUGGAGUUUCUAAGAUUGGUUUUUCAUUUGUUACACAACAUAUAUUGAGUACUUACAUUAUGCUAAAUUACAUGGACUAAUAAAUACAGAUCCAGUCCUGUCUUCAGAAAGCAUAGAUAGGAUCUGGCUGGCAAAGCAAAACGUGUACAUCCCAAGCCUCUAAAUCACGAUCUCAGAUAAUAUAUAAACAGGUACUCAAAUAGGGAACUUAUCAGCUAGCAGACUUUGUUAUGAGCCACAGAGAUCUAGAAGAAAUGGAUAAUCUCUUAAAGGACCACCAUUGGAAAAAUUCAGUUGCCACUAUUUUUCCUUUUUGAAAUCACUUAAAAUUUAGUUUUUCUGGAAGAAUGUGAUUGGUCCAACUUGGGUCAUGGAUUCAUCUCUUGACAGUUUGGGGCAGGGCAGUUUCAUUGAUGGUGCCACCUGAAUUUAUGGAGUGGAGGAAAGUUCCUCAAAGGAAAAUGAAGACACUAUUGUCAAAAAAAAAAAGAGGAGGGAUGCUGCCGGGUCACAAACAGCGUGUCACAUAGUAGUGGUAGCAGCAGCAAUAGCGGUUCCAAAGAGCGAGAAAGAUUAGCUGCUGGGAAGGAAGCGGGAAGCAUCAGGGUUCUGGGGGGUGGUGGGUGUCAGGUUAGUCCUUGAACAUAUGCUCUCCAAAGAUGGAGAUAAGACAAGUGUGUUUGGUCUGAGCCAUUCCUGAUGAGGAAUCAUGGAGAAAAGAUGGGGGUGGGGAGUCAGCUUCUAGACAGCCUUGAAUAGAGGGCACAUUGGGUUCUAGUCUCUAGUCUGGAGCAAUCUGAGGUUUGUUUGUUUCUGUUUUAUCAUACCCAUGGCAUAUUAUAAAUAUAUGUAGAGAGAUUGAGGCAUCCUAUAUGGAAUGGAAUGCAGUGAGGUCAGAUAUCAGAGCAAGGAAGACCACAUAAAGGUUUUUUGCAUACACUUGCCUUGGUAGCAAUUCCUCAGAAGUACGAUAUCAAGGUGUCUGUUUAAACAUGGCAUCAGUCAAUAAAUGCAGAAGUUAAAAUGUGCCAGAGACUCUUGUCUCUGUUGUAUUUCGUAAUUAAAGUGUACAUUUAAAAGCCAAACUAGUUGUGAAACUAUUACAUACAACAAGGGCAGAUAGGUAAGUUAAUGUUGCUAUGGGAACCCCAGCAGAUCUUCUUGUGUCUCAAUUUAAAAAUCAUGGCCUAAGGUGGUUUUAAAAACAACAGAAGGUAAAAUCAUUCUCGCAUUCUCACACAUGUAAAUUGUACUCUCUCUCUUUCAGUCCCAAGUAGCAGAUUCAAGCCAGGCUUUUGACUGGCACAGUAAAAUUCAGCUUUGUGUCUUUCUAUAACGUAUUAUAGCAUGUAGUUAACCUUUAGAAACUUCAAAAAUACAUCAACCAAAUUUGGACUGUGAGACACAAACUGGGCUCUUUUGGGCUCUGUCUUGCAUAGACCUCCUGUGCCACAUGGCUGCUCCGUAGGGCCAUGUCUACCAGUGUCUUCUCCUUGUCUGGUCAGUCUUUCUCUUGCUUAGCCCACUUAAAUCAGCCCCCUACUUAAAGUUUGCUGCUAGACAAAAUGCAGAUUAUUGGCAGAGGCGGGAAAAAAGAGAGAAAGACCUGAUUUGGAAUAUUGCCUAUAGAUACUAAAAAAUCAUGAAGCAUUGCAAAUGUAUCUGCUUGGGUAUUAGUUUAAAAUAUUUGAUAGCUGCAUGAAAUUCUAAUUUUUUCCUUAUGAACAUAAAGCUAGGACCAGUUAGGCAGAGUUUGAGAUUUAAAACUUCAUCUUCUGAGGGAGCUGAAUUUCAAAAGGACCAUUUUCUUUCUAGCAGAAAAAGAUGUUCUUUCCUCUUCUUACGAUACAGAAACAAUGAAAUAUUCUAUAUUAAAAACGCACCGUCCAUUUUUCUCUACUUCUAAAAAUUCACUUUUGAGCAUUUUCCAGAUGUAAAGCUCUCACACAUGAAGAACUGUUUCAGAAGUUUUUAAGAAAGUCAAGGUAACAGUUUCUAUUACUAAAAGUUUUGCAUUCAGUAUGACACAUUUAUCGUAUUGGAACACCCGGUUAAUGCUGACUUCUGAGAAAUUAUUUGCUUUGCUUGACUCAGUUCCAUAUGCUUUGUCUCUAAAAUACGAACACAUCGAGGUUUCUACCAUUCUGGAGUCUAAAUAAUUACUGUACUCUAGUUUGUAUGUGAAAACUGACCCAUAUUUAGACUGCUAAACUUCAGGUAAAUUAAAUUCUUGCCCCCAGAGUCCUAUGCUGUAUUCCUAUCAUUUUCCAGUUCCUCAAAGCCAAGUUCUGAAGCCUGAAUAUAUCACUCCUUGUUACUUCUAAUUGGUUUUAAUGUCUAUUAUGCUCCUCACAAGUGCAGAUAACUUCACAUUUGCAUCACUAAUAGACCUCUUUCAGAACCUCUGCUGCUCCUGCUUUCUGCCUCUAUCAGUCAUCAGCAGACGGCAAGUUGGCGUGGGUAUUCCCCACCCCCCCACUUGUGAAAGUGUUGUAAAUUCUAAAGCACUGAAUAUAUGUGAAGUAUUGUUAUUAAUACCAACAUUUACAGUCUACAAGGCAGCAUACAGAGUACUCCUGCAACAGAAACUUUUUCAGUGGUUUUAUGAGACCUUGUGAGAAAGACAGUAAGGUGCGGUGGAAAAGUAUUACCUGAGUCAAUCAGAAAGAUAGGUCUUGGUUCCUCUUGAACCACUUAGCUACUCUUAAUUUAGCAACCAGUGCUGAGUCUUUUAUAUACCAUAUUUUAUAUAUUACAUUAUUACUUCAUGUAAUCUUCAUACUCCUAUGAAUUCAUUUCUGUUCUGACCACUUAAUAGAUAAGACUGGGGCUCUGAGAUUUGGGGUAACUUGCCCAGGAUGUCACCACCAAUCCGUGGCAGAGCCACAGUUUGGACCCACAACUGUCGGAUUCCAAAACCUGUAGUCUCAUCAGCGCACUUUUAAUCGAUAGCUUGCAUGCUGCUGGGAAAGCUGCUGGAGAAGAAAGAGAGCUCCUGAAUCAAGCGGAGAAUUACAGCAAUGGGUAGGAGUCUGGAUGAGACAAUCUGCAAGGUGACAGCUCAUUCUAGAUCCAGUGAUUCUAUGAAAUAAGUACAUUGCACUGGUCCACAGUUACAAACUAGGAAGGAAAAGAAGGAAAGGAACCGAGGGGAAUGACAAAGCAAAAGCUUUCAAUCAGUUCUUUUCAGCAUUCUGCGUAUGUUUACUUCUGCUCCCGCCCCACCCCCUUCAGGCUUCCACUUGGCUCCCCUCCGAGGGAGAGAGCCUGAGAACCCAUCGCCUGCACACGCCUCACUUACAGGGGGAGAAAAAAAGCAGUCUGAAAAAGCCCUUAAAAUGUCUUCCAAGGGAUUUAGCUUUAGUAUAAUCUAAAAUAUGUGAAUUCAAGGAUUGUCAGUAAUAAAAUAUGAGUAAAAACAUCUUUAUUUUAAAACAUUGUAUGUACAUUAAUGCCACAUUAAUGCCAAUUCAAGCAUAAAAUGUUGAGCAUUUCUUGGAAUAUGGUUUGGGAUUUGAGAGGCACAAAGGUACCUGCAAGAUGACUUUGGUGUUGUUAUAAAUAUAAAUAGAAGUAAAAUAACA